UAAAAGGAACUGUGACGCUGAAGAAGGAAGAAGACACACUGAUGGAAGAGGAACCGCUACAAGUGUAGUCCGAAAACGUUUGGAUUAAAAUGAGAAAAACGGAUUUAUAAGUUUAAUAUCUUCGAGGACUUUUUCUUUUUAAUUUUUCUUUUUGUGUGUGUGAUAGUUUAGUAUCUUUGAGGACUUUUUAAAAAUUUCUUUUUUUUUUUAAAUUUAACUUUUUGGGUGCACCAUGCGUAAAAGAUGGGCCCGUCGGAGCCUGGCUGUCCUGAUUUUCACGUUUUUCAUCGUUGUCUUUGUGGAUUUUCGGUUACGCACCAGCAGCCUCACCAGAUCGAACGCGGUCGGCGCGCGCCGUGGCUCCACCGGGCACCUUCCCUCCGCGCGCAGCUCGGUUUAUGACGACAACAACAACAACAGCAGCAGCAGCAGCAGCAGCAUCAACGGCGGAAGAGAGGCCACACUUGGUGAAAAUAACGGAGGAGAGUCGGCGGCUGAGCGCGUCCACGCCACGCAGCCCAAACUCAGACUGGACGACAUUUACGUGGCUGUAAAAACCACCGCGAGGUUCCACGAGACGCGUCUCGCGCUCCUUUUGGACACUUGGAUCUCAAGGACCAAGGCGCACACAUUCAUUUUCACAGACAAAGAGGAUGAAGAAUUAAGUUCAAAGGGUUAUAACAUGGUGGUAACGGGGUGCCAAUCAGAUCACAGCCAGCAGGCUCUGUCCUGCAAGAUGUCCGUCGAGUACGACGGCUUCAUGGCCUCAAACAAGAGGUGGUUUUGCCACGUAGACGACGAUAACUAUGUGAACCCCGAAGGUCUCCUCUCUCUGCUCUCAACGUUCCCACAGGAGGGCGACAUCUAUGUGGGCAAGCCGAGUCUGGACAAACCCAUCACUGCUCACCAACUGCUAGACGGAAAUAAAACGGUGAACGUACGGUUCUGGUUCGCUACGGGAGGCGCCGGGUUCUGUCUGAGUCGAAGGCUGGCAGAAAAGAUGUCUCCUUGGGCCAGCGGCCCGCACUUCGAGCGGACAUCGGCCAGAAUCCGACUCCCGGACGACUGCACCGUGGGCUUCAUCGUCGAGAAGAUGCUGGGCGUCGCUAUGGUCCACUGUCCUUUGUUCCACUCGCAUUUGGAAAACCUGCUUCUAAUAAAUCAAAGAAGCCUCCCGCAGCAGGUAACCUUGAGUUAUGGGAUGUUUGAGAAUAAGAUGAACAGCAUCGAGGUGAGGGGAAGCUUUUCUAAGGAGGAGGACCCCUCCAGGUUUAAAACUGUCCACUGCAUCCUGUAUCCUUCCACCAGCUGGUGUCCUCCGGUCACUUGAGAAAAAGCUCUUUUCCUGCUGGGUAAAAAGAAAGGAAAUCGCUCCCUGGAUAUAUUUUUCCAGUUCCAGAGGAAAAAAAAGUGAUUUAUUUUCAUGGAACACAGAAGGAACUGGGGUCGAACCAAAUAUUCAACAUGAUGAAACUGUGCUCUCCCACAACUCAUGAAUGCGUUGGAUAUUUGGCGUAAAGCACUGUGAAGACAUCUCUAUUCUUUCGCAGCUGUUUUUAAUUUUAAUGAAAAAUAAUGUUUUGUCUCUUUUUAAUUUAACUUAAGCUCUUGAUAAAGUGAACAAACGUGAUUUUUUUUUUCAAGAUUGUCAUGACUUUUUUUUUUCUUUUUAAAAUGUGAAUUAUGAUUCUAAUAGUCGACAGUAUUGACAAUGCGGGUAGCAAUAAAGUAACGCGAGCUGUUACGGGCUGAGCGCACGCGGCGUCGCGGUGUGUUUACUGUUCUGAAGGAGAUAUCGUCCUUGCACCUCCAGCAUGAAGUCUGAACACAAUGAACCGCCUUAACUCACAUCUCCCUCGGCCAAACCUCUCAUCCUCUCCUUCAUUUUCUCACUUCCUCCCUCCACCCCUCCAUCUGUCUCGCUGCCCUCUUCCACCUCCUCCUCCUCCUCCUUUCCUUUCUGUUUGCUCCGCGUCAGCCGCAUUCCUGAACACCUCGAGGCAGAAAGCGCCCGAGAGUAAAACGCUCCUUGCGCUCUUCCCUGAUUGUCAUGUUUGUUUUUGAAAUUCAUCCCCAUGCCCCCCAUCCAGCCUUCACACUGACAACAAAACACUCAAAAGUGUGAUGAUGAGAGCAACCGACAUUCCCGGUCUCCUGUUGAGAAAAGAAAGCGGCCCGCGUUCGCAGGGAAAUCUCAUCAAGCCGGACAGGCCGGGUUCAGAAUACCAACGGCGCCAUGAUAUGCUCGCAAUCAGGCGUCGGGGAAGGAAUGAACGGCGGGGGCCAUGCGAAGAGCACCUGAGGAGAGUGAUGACACCGCGCCGCGUCUGCUGCUCGCCGGCCCGUAGUUUGCUUGUUUGGUGCGAAAGGAGACGUGAUGAAUACAAAUAGCGUUGUCGGAAGCGUUGGGGUCUGACCUUGCCUGCAGAAGACGGAAGUGGGUUUGGAGAGAGCAUCAAUGAGCGCGUGACUUUAAGAGAUAAUGAUGGGAACACGCAGACCCACUUGAGAGGAGUGAAUAGGAAGUUGGGUUGAUGGGAAAAGUGAUGUUCAUUUGUUUAAUUCAUUGUGUUCCUCAUGUUAUCAGUGGGAAAUAAGAUGUUGAAGUAUGGAAGCGUUUAACUGCCAGAAUUCAGAAAACUUUCACGUUAAAAAGUUAUCUCGAGAAGUUCUCAUUAAAAUCGAAAAAUCUUUUCCUGUAGAUGAGACAGAUUGUAACACAGCACUAAGAAAACAACAUUGAUUUUUUUUUAGAUGUUAUCUUUAAGAAACGGGGUAAAAUGAAGAAGACACGUAAGUCGUCGCCUGUCAGAGGAGAGUAUCGUUACAUCUCAUUAAAAUUAGAACGUUUUCUUGUUUCAAUGAGUUUUGUAUCUUGUUAUAAUAUGAGAAAGUUUGUCUGUGUCUAUAGCGAUGAACUUUUCACGUUUCAUGAAGUUUUGCAUCUAUAAUGAGAAUUUUUUUCGUAUUUUAUCAAGUUUAGUGUCUCUUUAGAACAAGAGUUUUCUUGUUUUAAUGAAAAACUUUCUUGCUAUAGUGAGAUAGCGCUCUUGGAUACAUUUCCCAGCUCUAUUAACUGAAGAGUUAAUAGUGAAGAAAAUAAAAAAAAGUCACAUGGAUGAUUGACAUAAUGGAAAGGGAAAUGUCACAUAAGCUCUCAGGAUAAUCUGGAUGUGUUGUACGUCUGUUUUUGGGUGACGUACACUGAGACAUAUGUUUGAAAGCAAAGUUAUUUGAGAAACAAAUCUUUGUGUUUGUGUGCUGGAAAUAUCCAGAAUAUUAUAUAAAGUUCCAUUGUCCCAUC